AUGGCAGAAGAAAUAGAGCCACACAUAGCUAGAAAAUUCGAAAUAAUAUAGAAAUUAGGGAAGGGUGCCUAUGGAAUAGUGUGGAAGGCAGUUGAUAAGAAGUUGAAGACUGUUGUUGCAUUGAAAAAAGUAUUUGAUGCUUUCCAUAAUGCUACAGAUGCUCAAAGAACCUUCAGAGAGAUUAUGUUUUUGUAGGAGUUGAAUGGCCAUGAGAACAUUGUUAGGCUGUUGAACAUUAUCAAAGCAGAAAACAAUAAGGAUAUAUAUUUAGUUUUCGAUUACAUGGAAACAGAUUUGCAUGCGGUCAUUCGUGCUGGUAUUCUUGAAGAAGUGCACAAGAAAUUCAUCAUAUAUUAGAUUUUGAAAUCUCUGAAAUACAUACAUUCAGGUGAAUUGAUUCAUCGAGAUCUCAAACCAUCAAAUAUCUUAUUAAAUUCGGAAUGCCAUAUGAAACUAGCAGAUUUCGGAUUAGCUAGAAGUAUAGCAAUAAAUGAAGAAGAUUGCACCCCACCCAUUCUGACUGAAUAUGUGGCCACCAGAUGGUACAGAGCUCCUGAAAUCCUUCUUGGAUCCACCAAUUACACUAAGGCUGUCGAUAUGUGGAGUAUAGGAUGCAUCCUUGGAGAAUUAGUUAUUGGUAAGGCCAUUUUCCCAGGGACUUCCACUGCAAAUUAAAUCGAGCGAAUAUUAGAAUUAAAUGGAAAGCCUACCGAACAAGAUGUUGAAUCAUUAGAAUCACCUCUUGCUGCUCAUAUCUUGUCAUCUGUUACUGUUACAAAAAAGAAAUCCUUUUAAUAAUUCUUUCAAGGUGCCAGUGAUGAUUGUUUAGAUUUGUUGAGAAGAUUGUUGGUCUUCAAUCCAAAAAUGCGAUUAACCGUUGAUUAAGCCAUUAGACACAAGUAUAUCAAAGAAUUCUCCUCUCCUGAAGAAGAAAUAGUCUGUCAGGAACCCAUAAAAAUACCUAUGAAUGAUAAUAAGAAGUUUUCAAUUAAAGAAUAUCGAGAAGCCUUAUACAAUGAUAUCAACAGAAGAAAGAAGGAGUAAAGAAAGAAGUGGCAAGCCAAGUAUUUAUAGUAAUUGGGUAUGAAUCCAGAUGAAUUGAUUGAUGGAAAUCAAUUUAUCAAUUAAACCGAUUAACAUCAACAAUAAUAGACAGGGUCCUUCUUUUAGAAAUCAACUAAAAUGGAAAGUCACAAUAGUUCACAGGUUGUUUAGAAGUCUAAUAUUGAAGAAAUUCAAUAAAUUAUCAGAUAAUAACAAAUUUAAUCUUAACAAUUAAAGAAAUCGUAGAGUUAAGCUACAGUUUAACCUGCUCAAAAAUUGACAAGCCAAAAAAGUGCAUCCAACAUUGUGGCAUAAAUUUAUAAUAAUUUCUAAGCUCAAGAUUCAAAGUUUCAUUAACAGUAAUAGUUUUUGCAACAAUAAUUAUAACAACUCCAGCAGAAAUCCCUAAAAAAAAAGACAUGA